ACACUUAUUCUCGAAUUUUACAUUUGGGUGUUUUUGUGUUCUUUGCCUGGCUCAGUAGAACCUCGGAUAAUUUUAAUUUUUAGUUUUAAAAUUCUGUUGUGCGUAUUGCAGAGGUUGCGGUUAUAAAGGAUAGGGAGAGUCCGACGGAGUGUCUGACUAUAAACUAAUGAGUCCGACGGGGUGUCUGACUAUAAACUAUUGUAAGAAUAUUUCAGGGUAGCAGCAGAUUGCUCCCUGAAGAAGGACGGACAGAGUGGAGCCCCAAGUACAAAAGAGCUCAUUUCUUGUUUUGUAUUGUCUGAAAUUGAUGUGAUUUAAUCUGUUACAACCUUUUGAUUGAUAUAGAACACAAUGUAUUGUAUAAUAUAAGAUUGAUGGUUGUUGUUUUUGUGACAAGUGAUUGCAUGUCAUACUCUGUGCCAAAGACCUCCUGUAGUGAGUGCAAAACAGGUUUAACUUUCUUGGCAGACGGGUCAAAGUUAUCCCUAAUCUCUGUAUGGCCGGGAGGACAUAGAAGUCCAACCCAACUAGGCAACAGGAGAUUUUACCCGUUUAAUCCCCAAAAAAAAACAGUCCCCCUGCACUAGAGUGCACCGAGUAAAUAUAUAUACAAUCAAAUACCGUUCACCCCACAGGAAGGUCUUAGAGAAGGCCUGUCCCCGGACGAAGUGAAGGAGAUUGUGCAAAGGACAGGACAAACUUUAGUUGUCUGUCCCUUUUCUUUACCAGUGUCCCGAAUAUUUUAAGGAGGACUUGAAAUACAGAGUACCGACAUGGGUAAUAAAUUUGGGAAGGAGUGUUCAGAAGGUGAGCUGAAGCAACCCUCCCCUAUAGAGUUUGUUAAGAAUGAAAUACCAAUUGUAUAUUGUGAUCCUUUUUGGGAUUUGAUAAUGAAACGAAGCCAUCAAUUGCAUAUGUCAGGAUACAGUCCAGUGGGUCCUGUGAAUAGGGUAUGAGGUAGAGAAGAUGUGUGGAAUAGGAAAGAACAUAUAUCCACCAGGAGAUUGGGAUACGGAGUAUAUGAAAAAAAAAUGUUGUAAGAAGUGGAGGCCUUUAGUGGAAAAAUAUGAAAAGAAAUAUGCGGAGUUGGACCAAGGUACUGCCCUUCCUAGGGAGGUUCCUCCACCUUAUACCAGGCGCCCACCCCCAGUUCCAACCGCGCCAACUCCACCAUCCUAUGUUUUUGUUAAAGAGGAAGCUCCUCGCAGAAAAUUAUACCCCGUUCUUUCAAAUCCUCAAGUUGCAAUCAUGGCCUAUGGUUUUGCAACUGACCAGCAAAAACGGCAAUGGGAAGGUAGAGCCAAAGAGGAGGCAGAUAAGAGGGCAUUUGAAGAAGACAGGAAAAUAAGAGAAGCCCAGACAAUAGCGGAUACACUAAGAGAGCUUGGGGAGUUGCAAAGGGACUUAGAGGAGAUAGAAGAAUCGAGACGCAUCCAAGAACAGCAUAGAGAAAUAAGAUUAAAACGUGAACAAAUGAGUGAGCAUAAACAAACUCUUGAUGAGCAAGCCCGGGAAAUGAGUAAUCUUAGGAAAAAACUUAGGAGGGAUGAGGAGGAAAUAUUAGCACUUUAGAUUUCAAAUGUUCGAGUCCCAUAGACUUUAACAGGUCUUUUUGAGGCAAAAGGAGGAUUGUUCCAAGCUUU